UUAAUUUCCUGCUGAUCUGUGGUGGAUGUCUGUCUGAGUGCAUUCGAGCUCAAACUGGCAAACGUUACCUGAAGUGAACACUGAUUACAGGCUACUGUAGCCACUGCUGCUCCCUUUCUGUUUGGUUUAAUCGACCGAUGCACCAUGUUUCGUUACGCUUGCAUGAUAUUAUUCCUGGUUCUAGUGAGUGAAAUCCAGCUUUCGUGCAGCACAGAAGUGUCUGUGAAUGACACGGCCCAUAAAUUGUGUCUAUAUGCUAACUUAAAUGUUAACUUUACUGUCACAUAUGAAGCAAUCGGAAAAGUUAACCACACUGCUGAAUUUAUUCUGCCUGCGAUCGUGAAUGCCUCUGGGAGCACCUGUGACAAGGACACAUCAACACUGGAGCUUAGAUUUGGAAAAGGCCACUCCUGGACAAUCAAAUUCACAAAGGAAAAUAAAACCUACAAUGCACACGACAUUGUUUUCACCUAUAAUCUUACAGAUGACAGUAUCUUCAAGAAUGCUUCUUCAAAUGAAACAAAAUCUGUGACAUUCACUCAGCCCAUUUCUGAUGUGUCAAUGGACACAUAUUACUCCUGCAAGAGUGAAGAUACCAUGGAAAAGGGUUUGGUUGUGCAGACCCUGUGGAAUGUGUCUAUGCAGGCAUUUAUAAUCAAUGGGACUAAGAGUGACAAAGACACCGUGUGUGCCAUGGAUAGAACCACCACCCCAAUGCCGACCACUCAUAUUACCAACGCCACCACACCACCAGCACCAACUACUCCCUCACCCCUGCCCACACCCAAGACAGGAAAUUACAGCGUCAGUGGGAAUCACAGUGUCUGUCUAUUGGCCUCCAUGGGCCUGCAGAUCAGCUUUAAGCAUGGCCUGGAUUUUAAGAAAAUGAACAUUGAUCCAGAACACCUUAAUGUGAAUGGGAACUGUAGUGUAAACAAGAGCGAUGCCACCCUCGUACUGAGAUCUGACCAAAUGGACCUCACAUUCACCUUUCAAGAGGAUGGGAAGAAAUUCCGCCUGCAUGCAGUCAAUUUCAUGAUAAAACUCUCUAACGGCACUUUCACGGCGUCCAACACCAACCUGUCUAUCUGGGAGGCGGCUGUGGGGAGCUCCUACAUGUGCAACAAGGAGCAGAGCUACAACAUCACAGACACCUUCUCGGUCAACACCUUCAGCCUGCAGGUGCAGCCCUUUGAGGUCAACGGAAACGCAUUUGCCACAGCUCAUGAAUGUGGAAUGGAUGACGCCGGCUUCUUAAUCCCAGUCAUUGUUGGUGCAGUUUUGGCGGUCUUGAUUGUCGCUGUACUGAUUGUUUAUGCGAUUGGUAGACGAAGGACCACCGUUGGAUAUCAGACCCUCUGAAACCAACCGCGAUUGGCUUAUUCAGUCAAUCAAAUCUGAUUUGUGUGUUUCUUCCCUUGAUUUUUCUGUUCAGGGGCACGUGCAGGUUCUUACUUUCUUCCUCCUGUUUGUCAGUUUUGCACAUGCCCCAGAUCCACCAUGGCCGACGCACAAAGGGCGUGGUUGCCGUGGUGGCUGGGAUUUUGUGUCACCAAGGAUGUGCCCAAUGUAUUAUACUAUAAUCUAAUUAGUUCUUCAUUUAUUAAUCUAUUCAUUUAUUCAUUCAUCUCAGAUAUUUCAGUGGUUGGACACCAGUCACAUUUUUGUCAUUUUUUUAUUCCGAGGCCAAUUUAGAGUAGAACCUGCACUUGCUUUCCCUGCACCAGAUUCUUGCACAAUUUAUUUUUUUUCUUUUUUUUUCUUUAUGCCUUCUGUUAAAUCUUUGUAUGCCUUUGCUCUCCUGGUUUCACACCCCCCCUGCCACCCCACCCCUAAAAAGUAGUGCUGUGAGAAUUUGUGUCCCAGUUCAGAUUGGAGUAAAGGUUGAGUCCCAUACUUCUUGAAAGGCAUGCACACACACACACACAUGCACACACCCUUCCUGAACUCAUUUCUGAACCAAUUUCUUGUAUGUAGAAGCAGAUUGGGAGAUAUCCACAGUCUGUUUCUAAGUGAAUGGCCUGGAUUCACACAAAUUGUCUUUUAAGCUAUGUUUUUAUAAUAAUAGCUCAAAUAUGCCACAUAAUUUAUAGUGUUAGUGAAAUUUGUCCAGACCGCUAUCUCUAAUACCCAGGGGCUCAGGAACAUACAGUAUGUGGAUGUAUAAGCCUGUGUGGUUAUUGUGAGUCUUAAGAGAUACUUCACUGAUUUGUAACAAGGGGACAUAAAUCCCCGGGGUGGAGAUUGAGCCCAAAUGCUGCUCCAGUGUUAGAGGCUAGGGGGUUAGGAUUGAGAAACCUAAAAGCAAAGGUUGACAGCUUUUUUUUUUUAUUUCCAAUUGUUGGCAUUAGAUUUAAAAAGGGAUAGCUUUACCAUUUAAAUUAUUAUUCCCUUCAUAAUUGCACUCGAUUCAUGAUUGCAGUCACUCUUAAAAAUUCACCUUAAUUGGAGACUUUUGCUGCUUAUUUUAACAUUUAAAUAGGAUCUUUGAUUCUGAAACCUGCAUUGAACAUUUAUGAAAUUGCACUUAAGAGUUUUUUUUAGUGUGUGAAUGGGCAAUAUUUAAGUUGAAGUGCACUUCUGUUCAUAGAGUACUGUUAAGAAUCAGUGUGAUGUUAACUUUGCACUACCGUCUUAUUUUUAAUCUGUGUGUAAUUUUUUUUUUUGCCAGAACUUUUAGUUCUCUAGUUGCUCUACGUCUGGUGUUGAGACCUUUGAUUAGAUUCUUCCCAUCAGAGAACGGUUCUCUCGACAGUUCUCGGGCUGCAGGUCUUAUGACCUGGACCAGGCCCAGUCUUAUCAAAAAGGGCCUAUGUGGGUGCAGGUUUUUGUUUUAGGCCAACGCUACUCUUGAUUGAUAACCAUGAUUAGUUCAUUCGUUCCAUCAGUUGUUGUAGUGCUGGGCUAAAAUGAAAAUCUCCACCCACACGGACACUUUUCAGAUAAAACUGGAUACCCCUGACGUUAACGAUGCUUGUUAAAUCUGGGACUUGUCAGUAGCUUACUGUGUCCAGGACUCUGAAUCAGUGGGAUGCACUGGAUUCAUUCUGCCAGGGGAAGGUGGGUCCAAGUUAGUCAAGAUGACUUGGAUUACCACUGCAUUAGCGCCCUCUAGCUUCUUACCACACGCCUAAAGUUGCCAGAGGGUAAAGCUCUUUUCCAGUGGGUGUUACGUCUCCUGCUGCACACUGUGUGGCUUAUAGUUCCUGGCUCCUGGUCGAGUGCAUUGUAUUAAGAGUUAGAAAGCUUAAGAUGUGGAACAGUGUCUUUUGGUUUGUGGUUGUUGCACAGGUCUUGCAUAAGAACAUGCUCGUAAUUAAGGAUAAAUGUCUUAUCACCAGUUUGUGCCUUGCUUACUGUAGUCUUGUUUUAUAUCUCUGUCCCUUCAUGUUACUGAGAUUCAGUGCAGGGUAAGUUAAUAUUUAACCUUAAUUUGACCAGAAUUGCCCUUGAAAGAGAAAUGUUACACAGAGACUCCCAACUCAUGUAUUGUAAAAGUGCAUUCUGGGAAUCCCAGUUGUACAUAAUUCAAAUAAUUAUGUUGCAAAUGCUUUUUUUUCAGAAAGGAUUUCAUACAAUAUAUUUUAAAUAUUUGGAACAUUCAAUCUUGAAUAUAACUACCAUACAAAAUGUGUAAUUUUAAUCGCAUGUAACAUUUUGUAUACUUGUCUGAUAGAGGAUUUUUUUUUGUUAGGGUUAUAAUUUUGCGGGCCUUUUUAAUUUAAACAAUUAAUGUGUAUAUUGAUCCUCUAAAAGAUCUUGAAUAUUAUAUGAAACGUUUUACCCAGUAUUUUCUAUGACUAAAAUGCACUAUGAAAAUAAUGCAUUCCUUUGAAAAUGCCAUUUUAUUGUUCUAUGUUUUUUAUCCAUUUAUUUGAUCCAUUUUUAGAUUCCUUCACCCUUAACUGUCUUCUUUU